CAGGCUGGCAUUGGUUUUGCGGAAUGCUGACGGAAGCGCAGUUGUACAGACUGAAUAUGUACGACUAGAUUUGCCGGAUUGCGCGAGGUGUUGAAAUUGUGACUAUUAGUUUGUAUUAUGUCAUCUUGAACAGUAAAAUUUGCUCUUAAUGUUAGGAAGAAACGUGGCAAUGAAAGGACUGCCUUAUUUUACAGUAGGAAAAGUGGUAAAAGGUUUUGGAAGAGGGUCUAAGGAUCUAGGAAUCCCAACAGCUAAUUUCCCAGAUGAAGUAGUGAAUGGACUGCCUGAAGAGAUCCACACUGGAGUGUAUUAUGGCUGGGCCAAACUGGAUAAUGGUCCAGUACACAAGAUGGUAAUGAGUAUUGGAUGGAAUCCGUACUUCAGAAAUGUUAAGAAGUCCAUGGAAACACACAUACUUAAUGACUUUGGGACUGACUUCUAUGGUUCCCAAUUAAAAGUCUGCCUGACUGGCUACAUACGUCCAGAAAUGGACUUCAGGACCUUGGCCAUUGACAUAGAAGUGGAUUUUAUCUUCACAGAUGAUCUCAUCUCAACGAUAAAGCAUGACAUUGAUACUGCAGACAGACAACUUGAAACAGCUGCAAUGAAGAUAUUCAAGGAUCACAGUUUCUUUCAGCCAGAAAGCAAAGAAGAUAAAAUAGUAAAUGGAGAUACAUCACAUUAACUAGACGCACUGAAUAGCAAGCAAUUUUUUAGAAAUUUCCUGGAGACAGUAUAGCGGACAACAGUUCAAGUUGUCACUUAGGUAACAGUUCAGUAACUUGUUCAAUUAUAAAGAGCACUGCAGUGUGUCACUCAGAGCAGGUCCCAAAUUAAUAAUUAUAAAUCAUAAACCACUGGAAAACAAAAUUUGGCAACACUGACCCAGUGCAUGCUUGCCUGAUUGGUGCCAUUUCAUUCAGGCUCUGAUUCCAAGUGUUGUGUAGCAGAAUGGUGUGUACACACACAGUGUCAUGUUUGUUUGUGCUUCCAAGUGGAGAGAAACCUAUUUUGAGAUCUUGUGUAACCCAGUUAUCUCUUCCUAUCAAGGGAUAUGCUUUCCGAGUUCAGUUUUCCUUAGUAUAUUACUGCAUGAUUUGCAAUUACUAAUUUGGGACCUCUUUCAAGUGUAUCACCCUGCAUCUUCUGCGAUGUAAUGCCAUGUGGUCUGGUGAAGUUGAGAGGUGAACUACUGGACUAUAAGGUAGUACGCCCCAGAAGAUAGUAAUCUUCACUGAUAUCCCUGUUAGAGCCUCAAGCUCGACCUGAGUGUUGCAGUCUGGCGCUAACUUGUUCCUAAUGCAGUGCAGCAUUGUUGGCAGAAAGACUGCACUCCCUGUGGGGAGCUUCAUCUGUCAUCCUGUCAUGAAUUCUCAUCUGUGCUGCUAGUAAACAUACUGUGGUACAGUUUUAAAACUUGCAUUGAGAUAGGAACCUGAACUGGUACACUUCUGAACAGUUCAGAAAAUUAGGAUCUCCUCCAAUUUAUGUUUGACUUUUAGAUUUACCCCAUUAAGCACAAACCUCAGGGUGCAGGAUGUGCUGAAAUGUUAUGAUUACUAGGCUGAUGAAGAAAUUCCCCUUUUAAUGGAAUCUAGAAAUUCACAGAAGCUGAACUUUGAACCAGAUGACUCCAAUCCCUACAUUCAUACCCUGUUUCUAUUAAGAUGAGUUUUAAUAUUGUGCCGCGCAAUAUCCACUUGACUGUGGGCUGAACAACCAGGGAAUUGGGGUUUGAUUCCCAGCAGUGGCAGAAAUUUUUCUCUUCAUGUCUGGACUGGCUCUGGGGCCCACCCAGUGUCCUACUGAAGGGGUAUGUUGGGUUCAUUCCUGGGUUUAGUGCCACCAGGGGGUGAAGCUGACUACUCAUCUCCAUAUUGUGAUGAGGAUAAGAAUGCAUGGAGCCAUACCUCUGUUCUUCCAUACAGUUUCAGGCGCGGUACUUAAGUACAAGGAUAACUUUAUCUUAUGUAUGUAGUUCCUAACUUGUUUAUUCUCACGUGUCCUUUUCGUGUCAGUAUUCAGAUGACAGUGGAAAGAUAUUGUAUAUUGAACUGGCAUGUCCUGCUGUUUUUGGCUUUUAUCCUUUUUUUCUGCUUAUCUCACUUCACUUCAUGUGUGAACACAGCAUGGUGCUGGGGAAACCAAAUUUGUUACAUAAGCUUCACAUUAACUGUGUGCGCCAGGGUUUGUUGUGUGACUUGUACCUUAAUGGUCUCCCUGUUGUGUUGAACCACUUUAGGUACUUGUUACAUUGUUUGAGUAAAAGAGAAAAUAAAGUUGUCCUUGUGCAUAUUUGUCACAGCAAGAUGUAUGGGGGAAUGUAGGUAUAGGUCAACGCAUUCUUAACCUUGGCACUAGAUGGAGGUGAAUGUUGGUUUUUGUGUCUGUCCCUGUGGAAGGAUCCCCUGAUACUGUGGGGAGACUGGGGGGCUGAAGAACCAGCCUGGACACUGUGGAGAAGAGAAAACUGCCUUCCCCCUGCUGGGAACUGAACACCCAUUCUGCGGCCCAUAGCCCAUCGCUAUACCAACUGAUCUAUCUUGUUUAUUUGUGUUGUUUAGUCAUGUCAGAACUUCAUUCUCACUCCUAUGAUUGAACAGAGCAGGGAGAGGAGUGGGGGUUUGUGUACUGAUGAUUUAGGCCAUGUAUGAAUGGAGAAUUUGGUGUGCAUUUCCUGGCAAAGAUGGAGAUUUUUCUCCUUGCAGAGUGCCGACUGGCACUGGUUCCCACCAGGCUUCCUAUUUAUGAUUACCAGGUGUCCUUUCCCUUGGAGUAAAGCAAGUAGGGCAUCACCAUCUAGUGCUCAGAUUCAGAAUGCAUGGAGAUAUACCUCCACUCUUCCAUAUCUGUCUCUUUCAAGUAGUCUGGUAGCCUCUUUCCUUCAGGUUUUUCAUACAAAAAUACUGUAUGCAUUUCUAUGGGCUCCCAUCCAUGCUGCAUGCUCAGUCCAUCUCUUCCUCCUUGAUUGGAUCAUCCCAAUACGCUGUCAGAGUGAUUCUAUGUACCAAGCAAGUUGACCAAGUGAAAGAGCUUCUUACUUAUGAGACACCAACUAGCCCCGACAGGUUAUCAUGGUCUUCCACAGUCCUUCCAGGCAGAUUCAUGCAUAAUAUAUCAGAUUAAGACAUGAACACUUCUACGUCCUCAUCUCAUUAUUCACUAAUGAUAUUGUCAUGUGAUAGAGUAUGACUGUAGAUGUGGUUUGGAUUGGUAGUUGGAUUUA